AUGAUUUUGUUUCAGACAUAUGCUACUUACCAGGACCACAAUACAGGGGCCUCGAUCUUACUCAAGUGUGAUGAAAAAUCACCGUCAUGUAACUUGUACGGUGGAUUCUAUCAUGAAGGGGAACACUUUAGGAUCCAGCCACAUUCUCCAGGCAGCAAACACCACAGAAUAGCUAAAACAGCUAGGCCAAUGGUGGCUUAUCAUGAUACCGCCUUACACGGUGAUGUGGGCUCAAAAGAAAUACCUCUUACAUAUGACGUCAUCAGAAAGAGAGCGUUGUCCCGUGGCAACAACCACGUGGUCGAAAUUCUUGUUUUUCUUGAUGAUACUAUCUACGAUUUUUUCCACAAGCUCAGUGACGGAAAUGAAGAGGAAACUUUGGCGAAAAUGAAAAUGUAUUACAUAUUAAUAGCAAAUGAUAUGGACCUACGAUAUCAGUCAUUAAGUGAUCGACACGACAAGUUCAAGGUUGACAUUAUGAUUAACGGAUUUGUGUAUUCCCAGGUUCCAGAAGGUUUCGCUUGGAUACCAAAAUACAUUGUUGACGAUAAUGUGUUCGACGCUGAUAAUUCCAUGAAAAUGUUUGCGGCGUAUCAAAACGAAAAUAGAAAAUACCUUCCCGGGUAUGACCACGCUAUGCAAUUCACCAGAAGGGAUCUUGCAUUCUAUGAUGAUGGUUGGCAAACCGAUCUACUGGGUGUUGCAUUUAAAGGCACCACGUGCUCCUUACCAAAGAUGGCAGUGUCCAUCAUAGAGGAUUCUUCAUACGGUACGACUGGACAGACAGCGGCGCACGAAUUAGGUCACAGUCUGGGAUCGAGUCAUGACGGGGCUGCUGGCUGUAAUGAUGACAAGCAGUACGUGAUGGCCGCCUUUACUAACCCGUCCACGAAAAAGGUGGCGAGACACAUGUGGAAGAUGUCCUCUUGUUCCUCAGACGCAAUUUACAAAUUCCUGACUAGCAUGGGAGACAGUGUCUGCACUAAGAAGAACAGUUUUUCAAGGAAAAACUAUAACAAGGACCAUGGCCUGGCCAGUGGUGGUCAAAUAUAUGAUCUGGAUACACAGUGUAAAUUAAGGCAAGGCAGAUUGUCAUUCUCUUGUCUGGAAGCAGACCCUACAAUUUGCUCACAGGGAAUUUAUUGUAAAAUUGAAAACACCAAUUACUGCCAACGUAUUCUGGCCAUGCAAGGGUCGGACUGUGGUCAAGGAAAGAUAUGCAACGAGGGUAAAUGUGUACAUCGAUCCCAAACCCGUGGCGCUCACUCUCUAGGUCCGCCGGAUGGAAAAUCGGGACUUUUGCAAUCUGUUGUCUGAACCAUUGCAGCAGGCAAUACAGGCAAUGGGUUUAAAUGCUAUAUUAAUAAAAUGUGUUCAGUUAAUACCUAAAUAUGUGUUUUCUGUAAU